AAGAAAAUUCUCAAAACACUUUUUCAUAUUCUCAUCUCUCCCUCAUUCACCAUUUAUCAAGAAUUUUCAUUCAUUCCCUUUCUACAACAAUUCCUUCUUCUUCUUUCUUCAUUCCAAUUUUAAACCACCUCAUUCCAUGGAAGAAGGUAUGUUCAUUAGUGAGAGAAUAAGGCACAAUGCAUAUAUGCCUUAGGGUUUAAAGGGUUGGGUUGGCUGAGUGGUUUUUCUUUGGGUUAUACAUUCAUGGAUUGAAAUUUGAACACCUAAAUAAAAAUGUCAAGUUUGUGUGAGGAAGAUGAGUGUCGGUUUUACGAUGCUCAAGAUAGCUUGAGUAUCGGGUCGUUUUCUGAACACGAUGAGGAUUCGGUGCAGAAUGAUGUCCAAUAUGAUAUUUGGGCUAUGGCUCCUAAAAGUGUUCACCAUAGGAAAAAUACUUUUUUGAAGUUGAUGGGUUUAAGCACUGAAGAUCAAACUCUUGAUGAGAUUGCGGUUGAUGAGGUGAUUGAAGAUAGGGUUAUGCAGACGAGUGGAGCUGUGUUGAGAGCUGCAACACAAAAAGAAGAUUCUUCAGAGUGUUCCUCUAGUUCGUGUUCGGGUUCCAGAAUUCAAAGUUGUAAUAGUGAAGGAAAUAGAGGAAAGUCAUUGACCCGAUCGGAGAUUGGGUCAGCUGCAUUGGUUCAGAAACUUGUAGAUAGACGUAUUAAGGUUGCUGAUUCAAUGGCAAAAAAGAUGAACAAAGUAAAGGGUCAAGUUAAAGGUCAAAUUUUAGGUAGUUUACGGUCAAUGGCGUGUAAUAUUGUUGAUAAACAAAGAAGCCCGAAUAGUGUGAAAUGUCUUGAAAACGGGUUGAACCAUUGGGCGAAAGUUCAGAGGGUCAGAGUAAAUCAAAGUAAGAAGAGCUUCAAAGAACUGUCUGCAGUUUUUAUUGGUCAAGAUAUACAGGCUCACCAAGGUUCAAUUCUCACAAUGAAAUUUAGUCUUGAUGGGCGUUAUUUAGCUAGUGCCGGGGAAGAUGCGGUUGUGCGUGUUUGGCAAGUUGUGGAAGAUGAAAGAUCAAAUGCAAUUGACAUCCCAGAUGUUGACCCGUCUUGUUUAUACUUCAGUGUGAACAACCUUUCUGAAUUAGCACCAUUAAUGGCUGAAAAACAAAAAAUUAGCAUGCUGAAAAGUUUGAAAAAGACUAAAAACUCAGCUUGUGUUAUCUUCCCUCCUAAAGUAUUUCGGAUAUUGGAGAAACCCGUUCAUGAGUUCCAUGGACAUAAAGGGGAUGUACUUGAUCUCUCAUGGUCCAAAGAUAAUUUUCUUCUAUCAGCAUCGGUUGAUGAAACUGUUCGGUUAUGGAGAGUUGGGAGUGAAGGAUGCCUGAAAGUUUUCCCGCAUAGCAACUACGUGACAUGUGUUCAGUUCCAGCCCAUGGAUGAAAAUUAUUUUGUAAGCGGUUCAAUUGAUGGCAAAGUUAGGAUCUGGUCUAUUUCUGGCUGUCAGGUUGUUGACUGGAUAGACGUAAGAGAAAUAGUUACUGCUGUGGCUUAUAAUCCCGACGGAAAGGGUGGUAUUAUUGGAUCCAUGACCGGCUGUUGCAGUUUUUUUAGUCUCUCAGGACAUCGCUUCCAACUAGAAGUUUCAGUUCCACUAAAUAGUAAAAAGAAGUCACCCUGCAAGAGAAUAAUUGGCUUUCAGUUUUGCCCGCAAGAUUCAAGUAAGGUUAUGGUAACUUGUGCUGAUUCCCAUGUUAGAAUUCUCCACGGCACCCAUGUGAUUGGCAAAUUCAAGGGUCAAAGAAAUGCUGGAAAUCCGUUUUGUGCAUCGUUCACGUCAGACGGAAAACAUAUAGUUUCGGCAAGUGAGGAUUCUAAUGUAUAUGUUUGGAAUUAUUACAACAAGAAAGGACCUUCCUUUCUGCAAAAGAAGACCGUCAGAUCCUAUGAAUGCUUCUCUGCCCGUGCCUCAGUCGCAUUACCUUGGUCUGGUCUAAAAGUUCAUACAAACAAGCUGCCACCUUGUUACUUCUCUCUGGGUCGGGAUUACUUUCUAGAGUCGGUUCCAAAAGGUUCUGCAACUUGGCCAGAAGAAAAGCUUCCUUCUGACAUGACAUCCCCAUUAUGUAAAUCUAAAUACAACUUUUUUAGAUCUUCUUGCCAGAGUUCGUAUAAUUGUCACACAUGGGGUAUGGUGAUCGUGACCGCAGGGUGGGAUGGACGGAUCAGAUCAUUUAUAAAUUAUGGGCUACCAGCAUAUGUUUGAUAUCAAGAAAGUCUUUAAGGAAUGAACAUAACAAGACCAUCACGGCGCGUUUGGUUAACAGAAUGUUUUGGGAAGGAAUAGAAUCUUUCAAAGGAAUUGGAAUUUGACGGAAUGUUUUUGAUCUUUUGAAUUUGAAGGAAUAGAAUCCCCAAGGAAUGUAGAUUCCAUCAAAUGAUGGAAUGUUUACAUUCCUAUGGAAUGAGAUUCCCUCUUCUUUGUGCAACCAAACGCACUAAGGAAUGGAAUUCAAUUUCAAUUCCAUCAAAUUCCAUCAGAUUCUGUGAACCAAACGCUACUUCAGUUUACUCAUGUGGUACAGUGAAAACAGCCAAGCUUGCCAUAUUUGAUUGAGGGAUUCUAUGAAUUGCUUAUUCGAGAAAGUUAUGUUUGCUGGCCCCCGGGUGGAUAUGGAGUUAUCAGGGACGAUGGGGUCUGUGAAAGAUACUGUGUAUCCGAAAAGUGGACCCGGCUGGUGGUUGUGACUUUUUAGGGGGGCCUAUGGUAGUAGUACGUUGGUGCUUUGGCAGUAAUUAAUGAUCGAGUACGAAGUGGGGUCGAAGCUAAACGAUGAAAUGGGUAGCGAAGGUGUUUUAUGCGCCCGUGGCUUUACUUUUGGUCUAAGCUUUCUUCUGAUAAAAUAGGGGUAAAAAGCAAAAGAUCUUGAUGACUUUAAAUGGGCAUCGAGGGAUAAUGCUAUCUGUUACUUAACUAACAAAAUCCACGAUUUGGUGUUGUAUUUUGAUACCGCAAUGUAUAGCAACUAGCAAGAGUAUUAAGAGUAGGUGCAGUGUACAUAACUACUGCCAUUUAUAUGGUUUUCAACUGUAUUUAUAAUUUUGUCUAGAAUGGUUCUCUUUGCAUAUAAUGGUACCAAACUAGAUAAAGAGGAUUCCACUGUUUCAUUCA